CGGAGGAAAGUGAGCGGAGCCUCCCGGUGAUGGAGAGCCAAAUUUCGCCGAAGGCCGAGGUGGCCGAACUGGAGCUGGAGGCCGUGAUCGGCUUCAAUGGACAUGUGCCCUCUGGUCUGAAAUGCCAUCCUGACCAGGAACAUGUGGUUUACCCUCUGGGUUGCACAAUCCUCAUUCAGGCAAUAAACACUCAUGAACAGAAUUUCCUGCAUGGUCACGGCAACAAUGUUUCCUGCUUGACCAUCUCCAAGAGCGGAAUUUACAUUGCCUCUGGACAAGUCACAUUCAUGGGCUUCAAGGCAGAUAUCAUUUUGUGGGAUUAUAAGAAAAGGGAACUGAUUGCACGGCUGUCACUUCACAAGGGCAAAAUCGAAGCUCUGGCCUUUUCGCCAAAUGAUUUGUACUUGGUAUCACUGGGAGGCCCAGAUGAUGGAAGUGUGGUGGUGUGGAGCAUAGCCAAGAGAGAUGCCAUCUGCGGCAGUCCCGCUGCCGGCCUCAACGUCGGGAAUGCCACCACAGUGAUCUUCUCGAGGUGCCGGGAUGAGAUGUUCGUUACUGCUGGGAAUGGGACAAUUCGAGUAUGGGAACUGGAUCUCCCAAAUAGAAAAAUCUGGCCAACGGAGUGCUUAACAGGACAGAUGAAAAGAAUAGUCAUGAGUGUGACAAUGGCCGAUGAUGACAGCUUUUUCUACCUUGGCACCACAACUGGCGAUAUCCUAAAAAUGAACCCUCGGACUAAACUGCUGGCAGACACUGGGCCUGCGAAGGACAAAUUCAGUCUGGGAGUGUCGGCUAUCAAAUGCCUGAAGAUGGGGGGUUUGUUGGUGGGCUCUGGAGCCGGGUUGCUGGUCUUCUGUAAAAGCCCCAGCUACAAACCCAUCAAGAAAAUCCAGUUGCAGGGUGGCAUCACUUCUAUCGCACUUCGAGGGGAAGGGCACCAGUUUUUUGUAGGAACAGAAGAAUCGCACAUUUAUCGUGUCACCUUCACGGAUUUCAAAGAGACUCUCAUUGCAACUUGUCACUGUGAAGCUGUCCAGGACAUUGUCUUUCCAUUUGGCACUGCUGAGCUGUUUGCCACCUGUGCCAAGAAAGACAUCAGGGUGUGGCACACGCUGUCCAACAGGGAGCUGCUGCGGAUCACUGUACCCAACAUGACCUGCCACGGCAUCGAUUUCAUGAGAGACGGCAAGAGCAUCAUUUCUGCGUGGGACGACGGCAAAAUCCGGGCCUUCGCCCCAGAGACGGGCCGGUUGAUGUAUGUCAUUAACAAUGCCCACAGGAUCGGAGUGACCGCCAUCGCUACCACCAGUGACUGUAAAAGGAUCAUCAGCGGCGGUGGGGAAGGGGAGGUGAGGGUGUGGCAGAUAGGCUGCCAGACCCAGAAGCUGGAGGAGGCCCUGAAGGAGCACAAGUCCUCUGUGUCCUGCAUUAGGGUGAAGAAGAACAACGAGGAGUGUGUCACGGCCAGCACGGAUGGGACUUGCAUCAUUUGGGACCUUGUGCGUCUUAGGAGGAAUCAGAUGAUCCUGGCCAACACCUUAUUCCAGUGUGUUUGUUACCACCCUGAAGAGUUCCAGAUCAUCACCAGUGGGACAGACAGAAAGAUUGCUUACUGGGAGGUAUUUGAUGGGACAGUCAUCAGAGAGUUGGAAGGCUCCUUGUCAGGGUCAAUCAAUGGUAUGGAUAUCACACUGGAAGGAGUGUACUUUGUCACAGGGGGAAAUGACCAUCUGGUCAAAGUUUGGGAUUAUAACGAGGGUGAAGUGACUCAUGUUGGGGUGGGACACAGUGGCAAUAUCACCCGCGUCCGGAUAAGUCCAGGAAAUCAGUACAUCGUCAGCGUAAGUGCCGAUGGAGCCAUUCUGAGAUGGAAGUACCCAUCUGCCUCAUGAAGCGGCAGAGACUGCCUGGCGCACCACGCUGCACGCGGUCCUGCUGAAGGCUGAGCUUAGAUGGCACCAAGACUGAUCUUGAUUUCGCACAUCUGUGUUUUUUUCUUUAGUCAAAAUAUUUUAUGUUUUAAGUUUCUCCUUUCCUUUAUAGAAUGCAUUUUACAUUCUUAAAUUGUAUAUUAAAAUCAAAAUAUGUUCAA